GCUCGACAGUGCACUUGGUGCACACCCCGCGGCUCACUUUAUCCUCUUUGCAUUCGCAUGGACCGCUGUGGCUGAAAUACCGAUGGCCAUGCAAGCACCGCUACUGGCGGCAGGUCCAACUGCAAAGGCUGUGGACUUCGAGAGUUCCGAUGAAGAUCAGGCCUCCCGAGGAAAGCAGCAUGUGGAAGUGUUUGUACAGAACUCCGAAUGGGCUGCUAUGGACAGCAGUGAUAGCGAGGAUCUGGAGUUGUCCGAUCGCCGGGAUCGUUACGCCCGCAUCGCGCGGGCACAGCAACGCUCCCAAGCAGCGCAACGGUGGGCGGAGGCCGCCCGAGCAGCCCCACGGAGGCGGACGACACGGCGCACGAUGUCGUUGCUGGGGGCCUCCUCCUUUCAGCUGAGCAUCGUGCAGGUCCUGGGCUUCUUUUGGAUUGAAACCUGGAUGAACAUGUUCGCGCUGUUCCACUUGAUCUAUGUCGGAGACAAGAUUCAUGUCGCUUGCCUCCUGCCCUCGCAGCUUCUGGUGGCUCUUAUACAGAGCUAUUUGGCGUUGCAUGAUUCGGAGCUCGAGCGGCGCCGGGUGUGGCUGGCCACCAUGGUGUGUGGCGGCUGCUAUGCAUUGUGUUACGAUCUGAUGAUCAUCCUGGUCUGUGGCCUCUUGAGUGCCUACACGCUGGUGGUCAUUUGCCGUCUCUUGAUGGAGGGCGUCCCCGACAAACUACACCAACUGAAGACGCCCACAGGUGGCCCCUUCGAGAGCGUGGAUUGGAUGUUCAGCCGCCGGAGCUUCUAUGGCGGUGACGUGGGCUCCUUCGACUGCCUGAUCCGCUUCAUGACAGGAGCACCCCGUGUGGUGUGCUUCUUGCAUUUGCUGGGAUGCAGGAAGAGUUGGGAUGCAAAUUUCUGGAUUUACUUCGUCACAUUGACCCUGAAUGUAUUCAGUAUGGUCCAAGCGAUGGUACUCUUUGACUUCAAAGUUUCAGCCUUUAUUCGGAGGCAGUUCGCAGAGGAGUCCUGCUAUUUCAAAGGCAGUCACUGUGCUUUGCGCCUGGCAGAAUUGCUGUUGCGUGCGCAAACAUUGGUUAGCUUUGUGAGUGUCUUGUACCAAUUCUUCGGCUACGAGGGCGCCGCUGCCACCAUUUUCUUGGACUAUCUCAUCAGCACUGUUGCGCUCUGUGUGCUGUCUAGCUGUUCGGUGAAGGCCUUGGUGCUCAGCUUGCCGCUUUACAUGAUGGACAUCAGUCGCUAUGUGGACGAGCAAGGAGUUGUAGCACCAGCCCGACAGCUCUCUUUUUGGGUGAGUGGUCAGCGUGC